AUGUUCCGGCAAGAACGAGAAGCGAACCCUCACUUCCUUCCUCGCCACACUAACAAUGACCCCAUUAUCGACUUCUCCCGACAACGAACACCACCACCACCUCAACGUCCAAGGCCUCCCCCACCUCAGCACCACAGCCCCACGUCAAUUGAGCCGCCCUAUGCCCCAAGGCCUCAGCCCCCAACACAACUACCUCAAACACAGCCAAAACCACUUUCCUCUCAUUCCGGCAGAGGCCACCACAACAACCACCCUUCGCUCCUGAGGGGCCCCACAUCCCGGCGCACGAGACCCAUGGCCUGGCUGGUGGCCGCAUUAUGUGCACUCUUCUGGAUGAUUGUCAUAGUCGCCGGUUUGAUUGUCCUCAUAGUCUACCUCGUCUUCCAACCCAAGCUCCCCAGGUUCGACAUCUCCGCCGCCACCCUGAACGCGGCCUAUCUCGAUCUCGGCUAUUUGCUCAAUGCCGACAUCACAUUGCUGGCAAACUUCACCAACCCAAACACCAAAGUCGACGUUGAUUUCACCUAUAUUGUGUUGGACGUUUACUACGAGAAGAACAUUAUCGCCACGCGUUACGUGAGUCCAUUCUCGGUGAGGAAGAGGGAGUCUCGGUUCGCGGCCGUGCACAUGAUGGCUAGCCAGGUGAGGCUGUCGACGGGGCUUAGCUUGGAGCUCCAGAGACAGAUGGAGAAUGGAAGGGUGAGAUUUGUGGUAAAGGGCGCGUUUAGGACGAGGUCUAAGUUGGGAGGAGUUUUCCGGUACUCUUAUUGGUUGUACGCGCAGUGCGACGUGGAGGUGGCGGCCCCACCGACCGGAGUUUUGAUUAGGAAAAGGUGUGUCACCACGAGGUGUCGGGCACGAGCUAGGGCUAGCUCGUGUGUGGGUUCGAGCUUUACGGCGGCUGUGGGCUUGGUGCUCGCCGGAAAACGAGCUUGGGAAGAUGACGGUGGCUGGAGCUUCGCGUUUUGCUGCUGGUGGUACGUCCUGUGGUCGGUCGUGGCUCGGCUGAGUCUAGCGGCUCGCGAAAGUGGCGGAUCCAAUCUUGGAUGCGGCGGUCUGAGGGCUGACCGGCGACGGAUGCUGCAUAAGGUUGAGCUAGCAGAGGUGUGGUCGAGCUUGCGCGUACGGACAGAGGCAGCUCGUUGGCUCAGCUGGUUCGGGAUGGACGCCUGGGGUCGUGAUGGUGAGCUCGCCGGAGAAAAUGGAGGUCACCGGGACGGGGCUACAAACGAAGAGCUAACGUCGCGAGUGAGUUGUGGGUUCGAGCUUCGCCGUGAAGAGGUCUCGUCGGAGCUGUGGGAUGGUGCCUUCGUCGGAACAGUGGUGGACCUGUAG